CACACCGGAAACAUGGCCGCCGUCGUCGCCCCCUCCGCUAUCCUCACCACCCGCGUCGUGGCCCCCAAGGCCCGCGCCGCCCGCACCCUCAAGGCCACCGCCUUCAAGGGCGCCAAGCUCGCGCAGCCCAAGCUCGCGGUCAAGCGCGCGGUCUCCACCAAGGCUGUCGCCGACUCCAAGAUCAGCACCGACGAGGUCCUCAAGACCAUCGCCGACAAGUGGGAGGACACCGAGAACAAGUCCGCGGUGAUCACCUACGUCGCCGGCGGCGCGGCGCUCGUGUGGCUCUCCGGCACCGUCGUCGGCGCCAUCAACAGCAUCCCCAUCCUCCCCAAGGUGAUGGAGCUCGUCGGCCUCGGUUACUCCACCUGGUUCGUGUACAGGUACGUGCUCUACAAGGACUCCCGCAAGGAGCUCGUGGAGCAGUUCGACGCCCUCAAGAACAAGGUGUCCGGCGAGUUCUAAGCCGUCAAUCGAGAGAAACACCGUCGCCGCGCAGAUGGAGCAAUUUGCUUACUUGUCUGGUUUGGUUUUCAGUUAGCGCACCGGUUGGACUCCACCGGUGGUUCGUAGCACACCCGGCUGUAACAUAACUAACUCCGUUAAAAC